AUGGGAGCUAGCUACAUUAGGGAAGGAGGGGUGUCAGAUUGCUCUCUUACUCCAUCAGGGGACUGCAUUUUGAGUGACAACGAGGAAGUGAGAGGCAUCCCCGAAGACCUUAAGCAAGAUGUACUGCCUCAGCUACCUGAAGCCCGCAGCCCAGACUGGGGGGCUGCCAGUCUGCAAAGGCAGCAGAGAGCAGCCUAUAAGAAACCCCAUCACCAAAAAACAGGCUCCAGGAAACUUGCCCUCAUCGCUGAUGGCCAGAAACCGCACACAGAAGAGAAACCCUACAAGUGUACAGAAUGCGGGAAGGGCUUUAAGGGGACCUCCAGGCUCCUGAACCACCUGCAAACCCAUGAGAGAGAAAAAAUGUUUGAGUGUGUAGAAUGUGGGAAGAACUUUAGCAGGAAGGCCAACCUGGUGGUGCACCAGAGAAUCCAUACGGGGGAGAGGCCGUACAAGUGCAAGGAAUGUGAGAAAACCUUUAGCCGUACCUCAAACCUUAUUGCUCACCGCAAAACCCAUGCGAAAAAGAAAGCCUUUUCCUGCACCACGUGCAGGAAGAGCUUCAGUGGAAGCACAGCUCUCUUCCAGCACCAGGGAGUCCACAUGGACGAGAAGCCCUAUAGGUGUACCGAGUGUGGAAAUAGCUUCCGUCUGUGCUCGAACUUCAUCAAACAUCAACAGAUUCAUUUGAGAGAGAGACCCAGUGAACACACAGCAG